UCUUGUAUUGAAUUCAUGAAUCAUUCUGGGGCAGAAAGUGAUCAGAGAGGAGCAGUCGAUGUUACUAAGGACAAGAAUGGAAUUGAUCAGGUUGUGCUUCAUAACCCUCGAGGAGCUUCAGCAAUGGUUAGCUUACAUGGAGGGCAGAUUCUUUCAUGGAGGACCGACCAUAAUGAAGAAUUAUUAUUCACAAGUAGUAAGGCUAUCUUUAAGCCACCAAGGGCAGUGCGAGGGGGAAUUUCAAUUUGUUUCCCGCAGUUUGGAAGCCGUGGAUUGCUGGAAAAACAUGGGUUUGCUAGGAACAAGAUUUGGGCCAUUGAUGAAAAUCCUCCACCACUGCAUCCCAAUGACUCCAAUGGCAAAGCCUAUGUUGACUUGCUGCUCAAACCAUCUGAUGAAGAUCUGAAGAACUGGCCACAUAGUUUCGAGCUUCGUCUUAGAGUCUGUUUGGCAGAGGAUGGGUAUCUAACAAUGAUAUCACGCGUCAGAAACAUCAAUUCCAAGCCUUUCAGUUUCUCCUUUGCCUAUCGUACAUAUUUCUCCAUUGCUGAUGUCAGUGAAGUGAGGGUAGAGGGGUUGGAGACUCUGGACUACCUUGACAACCUAUGUGAGAAAGAGCGCUUUACAGAACAAGGAGAUGCCUUAACAUUUGAAUCUGAGGUGGAUCGAGUUUAUCUUAGUUCUUCGGACGUGAUUGCUGUUUUUGAUCAUGAAAAGAAGCGCACAUUUACCAUACGAAAGGAAGGACUUCCAGAUGCAGGGGUCUGGAAUCCAUGGGAGAAGAAGGCCAAAUCCAUGGCGGAUUUUGGAGAUGAAGAGUACAAAAAGAUGGUUUGCAUUGAUGGAGCAGUAGUGGAGAAACCAAUCACCCUAAAACCAGGUGAAGAAUGGACAGGGCGGUUAGAACUCAGUGUUGUCCCUUCAACUUAAAAGUGACCAUCUUGAUCCCCAUCAGAUUAUUUUCAAGAUGGAAGGAAGGAAGGAAAGGCCAAUAAUAGUGAUGAUAACCAAAAAGACUGCUGAUUUUACUAUAUUUGCAGUACUGUGAAACUGAAUAAGAGCAUAGCCUCCUAACUUGGUUGUAUAUUAUCCUGCAAUGAAGGUGGAGAUUUGUUUUAGUAUUGUUCUCCACUCAUGGCAUAAAAUGUAUUUAUUAUGUUCACCUAGCUACAAAGGUUGUAUGUUUCCUGCAAUGGAGGUGGAGAUUUGUUUUAGUGUUGUUCUCCACUGAUCAUGGCAUAAAAUGUAUUUAUUAUGUUCACCUACAAAUUAAGGUUGUAUGUUUCCUGCAAUGGAGAUGGAGGUUUGUUUUAAUGUUGCUCUCCACUCAUGGCAUCAAAUGUAUUUAUCAUGUUCACCUACAAAGGUUGUAUGAAUACCUCCUGAUUAUAUUGCAAUUAAGAAAUUCUCUCUC